UAUAUCGGAAAUAUUUUUUCCCCAUUUUAUCGCGCCUGGAUGGAACUCUGCCUGAGCAUAUAGUAUUCAUGAUUCCAACUACACGAUUCUCGCCCUACUUUCAGGGAAGUUUAUUCUUCCUCUUUUAUUUCCGAUUUCUGUGUAUUCAAGCUUUUUGGAGAUAAGCUAUUAGCUACUGAUUUUUUGUGUGUGUGUCAGUUAGGUGAAUAUUGAUGUUGGGUAGCUUUUCUUGGGUGAUUUUUAAAGUGGGUUUUUAAAUUUUUAUUGGGAUUUUAAGCUAUAUUCUUUGUGAGAUUUGUUCUUAGUGAUAGAAAUCUGUUCAAUAUUUUAGCUCGAUGAGCUGGGUAUUUUGGGAUUUUGUGACUGGUUUGUUUGGUAGCUGGAAAUGUCUUGAGAGUGAAUAACAAUAGUUGGGUUUUUUUAGGGAUAUUGAGUGUUUGAAUCACAAAUAGGAGAAAGUAAUAGUAUUGAGUGUUUGAAUGAUCUGCUUGCUUGAAAGAAAUAAUGGAAGGCAACUUAUCACAACAAGGGAUGGUUCCUGUUGGUGGUUCUCAUGGAGGCCUUGACGUACAAGGGUCCAUGAGAGUUCAUAAUCAUGGACAAAAUCCUCAUGGUAUACCUCAACAUCACCAUCCUAACCCUUGCCAAGGUGCUGCUUCGGUGCAUUCCAUUAAUGAAGAUUUUGCACUCAAAAUGGGUAGCAUGCAAAACUGUGACCAAAUCAUUUCGAUGAUGGAUUACAAGGGGGACAGAGGGAAAAGUUCGAUAAGUGAUGAGGAUGACCCGAGCUUUACGGAAGAGGGUGUUGAUGGCCAAUAUGAUGGAACUAAAGGCAAGAAGGGCUCGCCGUGGCAGCGUGUGAAGUGGACUGAUAAAAUGGUGAGACUUCUAAUCACUGCGGUGUCUUAUAUAGGUGAGGACGCAGCAGGGGGGUGCAGUGGUGGGAUGAGGAGGAAGUUUGCGGUUAUACAGAAGAAGGGUAAGUGGAAAUCGGUGUCGAAAGUCAUGGCAGAGAGGGGUUAUCAUGUUUCACCUCAGCAGUGUGAGGAUAAGUUUAAUGAUUUGAAUAAGAGAUAUAAGAAGCUAAAUGAUAUGCUUGGUAGGGGAACUUCUUGUCAAGUUGUUGAGAACCCAACACUUUUGGAUGUUAUAGAUUACUUAACAGAUAAAGAAAAGGAUGAUGUGAGGAAAAUUUUAAGCUCAAAACAUCUUUUCUAUGAAGAAAUGUGUUCUUAUCAUAAUGGGAACAGAUUGCAUCUUCCUCAUGAUCCACAAUUGCAGCGUUCCUUGCAGAUGGCUUUUAGAAGUAGAGAUGAUCACGAGAAUGAUGAUGCUAGGAGAGAUCAGCAGCAUGAUAAUGUUGACGAAGAUGACGAAGAUGAUGAUGAUGAUAUGGAAACUGAUGACCAUGAUGAAUUUGAGGAGAAUCGAGCUUCACAUGAGGAUGAUGGGGGAAUAUAUGGGAUAUUAAGGACCUCUGCAAAGAGGUCUAGACAAGGCCAUGUUCAUGAAGGUGCUUGUUUGCAGAAUGCUUUGAACUCUCAGGACUGCAACAAAAGUACUUUUUCUUAUCCACCAAUCACCCAAGCCGAUAUAAAUCAAGUACCACCUGAAAACUCUGGAGCAACUUGGAUACAGCAGCAGUGGAUCGAGUCUCGCUCACUUCAGCUAGAAGAACAGAAACUACAAAUUCAAGUCGAAAUGCUGGAAUUGGAGAAACAGCAUUUCAAGUGGCAGAGAUUUUGUUUGAAGAGGGAUCAUGAACUUGAAAAGAUGAGAAUGGAAAACGAGAGGAUGAAGCUUGAGAAUGAGCGAAUGGCAUUGGAGUUGAAGCGCAAGGAACUGGAUGCUGAUUAAAGCCACGGCUCUGACUGUAAACAAGGUGUGGGAAGGUGUUUGUCUUCUGUUUUGCAUGGAGACGCUGGUUCCAGGGGAUUUAAUAGAAUGCUUUCCUUUUUUAUCAUCCUAAUUCUGCCGAGUUGUGUGCUUUUGUUCAUAUAUUGUUCCAACUCUCUAUCAAAAACUCUAUCAAACUCAUGAGGCUCAAUGUUUGUUUAUACUGUUUACUUUUAUUAUGAUUGCUAUUUUUGAUUUCUUCCUACUUAUAAGUAUGUGUGGACUUUGGUC